AUCGAAAUAUGUAUCUUCAACUAUCAAUAUUUACGAACACAUUACUUGUAACUUUCAAUUCUUCCGAACACUUUAUUUAUAAUUGACAACUAAUGAAAAAAAUGACAGCUGUCAAAACAACAACGCAGCUUAGUCAAGCAAGAGCAUUUCAUAUAAAGUUUCUGGAAUUAGUUAUUAGUUUUCGUUUUUACAUAUCUAAUUUCUAAAUUUUGAAGUAAAAUGACUACAGCAGCACGUCCUACUUUCGAUCCAGCUCGUGGUGGUAGUGGACGUGGCGAAAAAGAUUUAAGUGCACUCAGCAAACAAUACUCAAGCAGAGACUUACCUGGGCACACAAAACUGAAAUACAGAGAAACUGGACAAGGUACCUCUGAAGAAUUGCGGAACCGUGAUUUCCGUAAAGAACUUGAAGAACGUGAACGUGACACUCGUCCCAAUAAAACGUUGCCAUCAAUAGUGCGUAAAGCGAUUGAAGCAAAUAACUCUGUUAGCAACAACAAACGUGCGAAAUUAGACCAAACACCAGCUGCAGUUAAUUUAGAUGCUGAUGAUCCAGUUGACAAUGACAGCUCUGAGGAUGAUUCUGACGACUCGGAUUCUGAGGACGAUACAGCAGCACUUAUGGCUGAAUUGAAUAAAGUUAGACAGGAACGUUUACAGGAAACUGCACGCAAAGAGCAAGAAAAGAAACAAGAAGAGGAACGUAUUCGUAUGGAAAAUAUUUUAUCUGGUAAUCCAUUAAUUAACUAUGCGCCGGGAACAGCUGCCACAGCUAGUAAAGCUACCGGUGGAGAUUUGAAAGUAAAGCGUCGUUGGGAUGAUGAUGUGGUUUUUAAAAAUUGUGCGCGUACUGAACCUGAGAAAAAAUCACAUUUUAUUAAUGAUUCACUACGAUGCGAAUUUCACAAAAAGUUUAUGGAAAAAUAUAUUAAGUAAAUUUAAAACUAUGUGCUUUCAAGUCAAAUAUUGUGUUUCUGUAGACAAAUAAUAUUUAAAUUAAAACAAAAACUAACAUUAUAUUCCGUUACAUUUAAAAACAUUAGUU